AGAACUUUACCGGGCUCUCACUGUCUAAACAACGUGUCAAAAAACCUCAGAAGUGUCGCUAAUGGUUACAAACUGCGUCAUUGCGUCGGUUUUUAGUAACAAAGACUUUCACCAAAGAUAAGUUUGGUGUAUCAUUGUUGAUACUAAAAGUAUUCGGUUUACACCAAGUGAGGAUUUUAAUUUGCGGCUUUGUUACACAGUUGACGGAGAACAUUCUGGAUAACUGGAAAUAAUGGCCGACCUUGGCGUCAAAGCAGGAGACAAAGUGUUGCUGGUGUGGACUCAGCCGUCAACACCAGAAACCUUGAAGCAAUAUGCUGAGGAACUUGGGGCAGCAGUAGGUGCAGAUGGAAAAGUCUCCGUGGAGAACAUGGAGAGACUGUCGCUCUCCUCUCAUGCAGCUUCUUCCUUUGACUGGGUGCUCUCCUGUCUUCUGGCCGACUGCUCCUACAUCCACAGUCCAGACACUUUAGCCGAGAUGGUCAGAGUGCUGAGACCUGGUGGGAAGCUGCUCCUGGAUGAACCAGUCACAGGCACAGAAGCACAAACGAUGAGAACUGCAGAGAAACUCAUGUCGGCUCUGAAGUUGUCUGGCUUCAUGUCGGUAACAGAGGUCAGUAAAACAGAGCUUAGUCCGGAGGCACUGAGCUCCCUCAGAGCAGCCACUGGUUACCAAGGAAACACUCUGACUAGGGUCCGCAUAUCUGCCUCCAAACCCAACUACGAGGUGGGAUCCUCCAGCCAGCUCAAACUGUCGUUUGGGAAAAAGACACCGAAGCCAGCAGAGAAACCAGCUUUGGAUCCCAACACUAAGAAAAUGUGGAUGCUGUCAGCAAACGACAUGAAUGACGAUGACGUGGAUCUGUUGGACUCUGACACUCUGCUCGAUGAGGACGACCUAAAGAAGCCGGACGCAGCUUCUCUUAAAGCUUCAAGCUGCGGAGAAGGGACUGGCAAGAAGAAAAAAGCCUGCAAGAACUGCACAUGUGGGCUUGCUGAAGAGUUGGAGCAGGAGAGCAAAGAGAGCCCGAAAACUAACCUACCAAAGUCUGCGUGUGGAAGUUGUUACCUUGGUGAUGCCUUCCGCUGUGCCAGCUGCCCAUACCUGGGAAUGCCAGCGUUCAAACCGGGGGAGAAGAUCGUCCUGGACAACAACACGCUGACAGACGCCUGAAGCCAAAACGUUCCACUUCUCUGCUGCUCACGCUUCAGGACAUUUAACAUUCCUCUGUUUUCCAUCCACCCAGAACUCGUCGGCUCCUCUGGGGGUUCUCAGUAGACCAUAAAUAUUGACAUUGAUGCCACUGCAAUGUUGUUUCCCAUGAGGCACCGUAACGCCGCCACGACUGGACAGGAGAGCCAUUUGUUUUACAAGCGAGAACCUAAACAACUUGUUCAAAAUUUGCGAUCAAUAUAUCUAUGCGAUUUGGUGCCUGAAUUGAGAGAAUGCCAGAUUUUUCAUGGGUCAAAAGAAAAUGAAAGUGUGAAACCAGCAUCUUUUCUGGCAAUCUAGUAAUGAAACUUUUUACCUCAGUUGAAUUUUUUUUUUAUAUUCAUUAAAACUAAUCACAGAAUAAAAAUGUUUUUGGGGGUUUAAAUCAUGUUUCGACGUCAAAGCUGGAGCAGUGAACUCCAUCAAAACACAGAAGGCUGCACUGAAAUUGUUGAACUGAAGCUUAUUUAUGUAUGAAGGCAUCAUUUCACUUUCUGUCAUUUAUUACAAAUAAACUUAAGACCAACUCUUUGGAUUUAACCCUAAGAAUGUGGUGUAGAGAUUUGAUACUUCAGGUUUUGUCGUCCUUUGCUGUUGCCAGCAGUGUAUGCCUGUCGGUAACCGAUCUGUCUUUUUAACGAUUGUGUGAUAUAACUUUGUGGAAACAUAUUGGACUCUCAGGGCACCUAAAGAUGUUACUACUGUUUUAUUCCACUCUUUUUUAUUUGUUUUGUGUUCCAAACUUUGCUUUCUUCGUCUGUGUUAAGAGUUUA